AUGGCACAAAACAACUAUGAAGAUAUGACAAAGAAGCAAGCCAAGAAGGAAUACACUGAACCACGGAUCACCAAGAAGUUUCUGAAGGAUCAUUGCAAGCAACACAAACUUUACUGCACGCCAUACCUGAAUGACACAUUAUAUUUGCACUUCAAGGGAUUUUCAACCAUAGAGAACCUGGAGGAAUACACUGGACUGAAGUGUCUAUGGCUGGAAAGCAACGGGCUCCGGCGCAUCGAGAACUUGGAUGCCCAGACCGAGCUGCGCAGCCUAUUCCUUCAGCAGAACUUAAUCUAUAAAAUGGAGAACAUGGAGCACCUCAAGAAGCUCUGCACUUUGAACGUCUCCAACAACCAGAUCAAAACCAUCGAGAACAUCUCCUCUCUCCCAGACCUCAGCACGCUCCAGAUCGCUCACAACAAGCUUGAAUGUUACGAGGACGUAGAACACCUCAGAGAUUGCACGGCUGUGAGCGUGUUGGACAUGUCUCACAACUUUCUGAAAGACCCAGAAAUCCUCAAAGUGCUGGAAACGAUGCCUGCACUUCGUGUGUUGGAACUGAACGGUAAUGAGGUGGUGAGGAAAAUCCCAAAUUAUAGGAAGACGUUGAUCGUGCGGCUGAAAGGUCUGACCUUCCUGGAUGAUCGGCCCGUGUUCCCCAAGGACAGGGCGUGCGCAGAAGCCUGGGCGACUGGAGGCCUGGAAGCAGAGCGUGUGGAGAGGGAGCAGUGGGAGUCCAGAGAACGGAGGAAAAUCCAGGAAAGCUUGGAUGGAAUGGCACUGAUAAAGAAAAGGGCCAUGGAGAGAGAGCUAAGAGACAAAACAGUGAACGAAGACCAAACCCCAAGUGCAGAACCGACAUCCCCAGGUGAUAAAGUCGAUAUAUUUGUGCAGGACUGUCUGGAUGCACACAAUGAGUUUUUGGAGUGUGGUGAAGAUGACCAGCAAGACGAUGAAGACAUUGAAGAUAGUGAGGAGUCUGAAAAUGAGGAAGAAGCACGAGAAACUGUGGAGAUUGAGGAAGAACACCAGGUGGAGGAUGACAGAAAACACCAACUGGACAGUCGCAUAGAAGAGGUGAAUACUGAAAAUAUAGCUCCAAACGCUCAACUAUCAGAAGCCGAAAGCCAAUCCCAGUCAAUCCAAACGGAAAGCAAACAUGUGGAAGGGACUGAAGGCACAGGGGGUUGCCAGGUUGAAGAAAUAUCUCUGAAUUAUCCAGGACAGUUGGUCACAGAAAUGAUUAAUAUCGAUGAGUUUGAAACCAUCCAGCUCGCCCAGCACUUGUACAUUGAAGACCUCCCAGAUUUGGUAGAGGCAGAGACUGACGACUUCUUUAUACAGCCGUCCAACUCACAGCUGCAGCCCAGACCGAAAAUAGUGGUUUUGUCAGAUACGGAGGAUGAAACGGCACAGAAGGAAAUUGAGGCAAGUGCAUUACUGAAUGAAGCAGAAGAAAGAUCUAAUCUUUUCUUAGACUUGACAAGCGGUAAUGCGACUGAACUGCUGUGGUGCCAAUCAAAAGUGGAGCCACCAAAACCAGACCCUGCACCACGUCAGCACUGUCUGAUUGAAGAGCUGGACUGA